AUGCGCCAGCCGAGCGAACGUCAACAGCUCAUCAAGGACAUUUUCUUGAUCCUAGUUUUCCUUGACCUUGAAGAUACCGAUAACCAUCUCGAUCAAGUACUCAACAUCCCUCGACAACCUUCUUUUGGUUCGAUCUUAUUCCCUAACAACCCAUAUCUUCAGCUUUCUUGCGAUAGAUUCCUAGGCGAUGAGGCGUGGUUCGAGGCUCUGCUACAAGUGAUCCUAUCCUGCCGUUACUUAAACGAUCGUUCGUCAGCGAGGACUCACGGUAAUUUUGACCUGGAUAGACUGUUCAACAUGCGUGACGAAGACUUCAAGCAGUCGGUUAGGACGACGAAGGAGGCCUUCUUGUGGUUACUUGACCGGAUUUCUCUCCACCCCGUUUUCCAUAGUCAAAGUCAUCGUCCUCAGCUUCCGAUUCCUCACCAACUGGCACUGACACUAGAGAGGCUUGGUUCGAAUGGCAAUGGUGCCUUGGUUGGGAUAUUUUCGCGUAAUCUUACAGUCGGGCGGGGAACGAUCAUCAAAGUCAGUCGACGAGUCAUCGAAGCAAUUAACAGCCUUUCCUCCAAGCAUGUUGUGUGGCCUGAUCGAUAUCGAAGAGCAGAAAUCUCAGACGUGAUGAAGGAGGAAGGCUUUGGUGGAUGUGUCGGAUUUGUCGAUGGAACGACUAUACCUCUGCACCAGCGACCAGGACUCGAAGGAGAAGCUUACUGGGAUCGAAAAAAAAAAUACUCGGUCAACUGCCAAAUAGUGUGCGAUUGUGAUAGGUACAUCACCUCAUUCACGGUAGGCUGGCCAGGUUCAUGUGGUGACAGUUGGGUUUUCCGUAACACAACUCUUCACAUGCAAGCUGGGGAUUACUUUGAUGCAGGUCAGUAUCUUAUCGCGGACUCAGCGUAUGGUUUGUCCUGCACGACUAUACCAGCAUACAAAGCGCCGGCAUCAAACAAGCGAGACAACACGGAUUUCAAUUAUUGCCUGGCGAAAUCGCGAGUGAGGAAUGAACAUACAAUUGGAAUCCUGAAAGGACGGUGGGCAUCGCUCCAGCAACUUCGACUGCAUUUACACAAGAAGUCUCAUAUGAAAGAGAUCAUCCGUUGGGUUAGCUGUUGUAUCACCUUACACAACAUGCUAUCUAAUUUGGGCGACGCUUGGGAUGCGGUUCACAUUGGCGGAGGCGACGAAGGCGAGGAAGAAAAUGUAGCACCUCUGACGAAUUCGGAGAGCAGUCGAAGAAGGGCGGAAGCGUUUCGGAAUCAUGUACAAGAAAAAUGUCUGGCCUUCCAUCGCAACCAGGGGACUGUUUAA